AUGGGAAAUAAAGAUGAUUUAACAAUUUACAACAUCAGUGAUAAUUUGAAGGAAAGAUUACAGGGCGGAUUUCGAUGGAACUUGACAGAUGAACUCCUGAAGAGGCUGGAAUCCGGAGAAAAAAACACAAAGGAUCUGCUGGCUGUGAACGAGUGGUUCAAAGAGGAGCUAGAGACGAUUGUUAGUUCAAGGAACGCCAAAAAACUCGAUCCAACUAGCGUCAAACUUGCCAAAAGUAUCCUGGACUUAAUUUAUCUCAGGUCGGUAUUUGACCUUGAUAGCCAGCAAAUCUUCAUCUAUACCGCCCCGUACGUUCAAGACAGAACAUACAAACUCCUUAAAGGCUCAGAAGUCAAUAAUAAAUCAAACUUUUCACUCGAAAUAAAUUAUUACAGUAUUAAUAGAUUUUUAAUAGAUGUUUGUAUGAGCUUUGAGUAUUAUAAGUGCAAUAAUUCGACUCCGAAUAUAGUUGAGGAUUGUAUAAACUCUAAGAUCAUUCGAUUUUCAAACCUUUUCACCAAUUUCUGUAAAUAUAAGGGCAUUAAUUGUGAUCUCAAGCCCUUACGUAACAAUAGUGACUGCGAGGUUACUGUGUAUGGUAGAAUUGGAUCUGAAGCUGAAGGUCCAAUUGAUCAACUUAACGUUACUUUACAAGGUACUCCUAAAUACACUAGUGCUUCCUAG